GAGACUGAAAUUUUUGAUAAUUUGUGUUAGAUACCUAUUUUUUUGCAAUGCAUUAUCUCGCUAAUGCUUAGUUUUAUUUUCCAUAACAUCGAUCCAAAAAUAAUGGUUGCCGAUAUAGUUGACUUGUUUGUAAGCCGCAGUAUCUCUGCUUCCGAGUUCCCACUAUCUAGCCCUAUUCCUUUGUGAAGUGUGAACUCCAAACCUACAUUUUGCACUUUUGUGUUUCUUGUGAACUCUUGUGAUGUUUAAAUUAAUGUGAUUUGCGAGUGGUGAUUGUAGAUGGACCUCAACAUAUUUAAUCCGAUAGUUUGUUAUGAUUUGUUUCUAUUGUAACUUGUAACCUCAAUCAAGCGGAAAUGACCGAGUUGCUACUUGAAGAUCGCUUUUUUUCAUGAAGUUAUUUCGUUAAGAUUUAUAGAGGUGGUUUAUCAAAAGUGAUAGCUAUCAUGGUAGAAAUAGGUGCGCCUCAGCAACCUUCUGAUGACAGCUUAGAAAAUGCAGAAUGGUAUUGGGGUGAUAUUACUAGGGAUGAAGCUAAUGAGAAACUCAGAGAUACAUGUGAUGGUACUUUUCUAGUCCGAAAUGCCUCAAACAAAGACACUGGAUACACAUUAACCGUUCGCAAAGGGGGUACCAAUAAACUGAUCAAAAUUUAUAACCAAGAUGGCCGUUAUGGAUUCUGUGAGCCCUUUGAAUUCAAUUCCAUUGUGGAUCUUGUUAGGUUUUAUACUGAAUACUCCCUUGCACAUUGUAAUAGUAGUCUCGAUAUUAAGCUCAUGUACCCUCUGUCCCGUCAUCAGGACAAUGAUUGUGGAGAAAAUAUGAAUGAUGAGCUCCUCGAAACUCGAUAUAAAGAUAUUCAUAAAGAAUUUGUUUUAAAAACUAGAGAUUACGAUGAACGCUCCGAUAAAUACAUGAGACUCAGGGAAGAAGUUAAAUUUAAGAGGCAAGCUUUAGAUGCAUUCAAAGAAACAGUCAAAGUCUGUGAGGAUCAUUUAAAGGCCCAAGAAAAAAUGCAACUACAAGCACAGCCUCAUGAAAAAAAUGAUCUGAUAGAAAACAACAGGCAGUUGAUUUCCAGAGUGAACAGUCUAAAGCAAGCGAGAGCACAGCUUCACAACAUAUUGAAAGUGACAGUUGAGUCAAACCUACUGCUUGAAAGAGAAAUAACUAAGUUAAAAUCAGAUAUAAUUAAUCUUUAUAAAAUUAAGGACCGUCACAAAGUAUGGUUACAAAGACGAGGUAAAACAGAGGAAUAUCUUCAGGCUUUAGAGGAUGACAAUAUUCACAAGCUAGAAGAGCUGUAUGCUCACCGUGAGAUGGUCACAUGGAUGGUUAAAAAUUGUACUCGGGAGAAGGCAGAGAAACUACUGGAAGGAAAACCCCAAGGAACCUUUCUGAUUCGUCCCAAUUCUACCGGUCAACUGGCAUUGUCAAUAUGUUGUAAUAAUUUAGUAUACCACUGUAUAAUUUUCAAGACUGAAAGAGGUUAUGGAUUUGCAGAACCAUAUAAUAUUUACAAAACAUUGAAUGAACUAGUAUUACAUUAUGCUGUUAAUUCAUUGGAAGAACACAAUGAACAAUUAGGAACUGCCCUUAAAUAUCCAAUCAAUGCCCACUUAGUGAAAAAGCCAGAAAAGAAUAUAACUGAAAGCCAUCACCAGGAAGUAAGACAUCAAGAGCCUCUAUUAGAACCUCAACAUCAAAUGCACAGACGGCAAAGGAGGCAGAGACAUCCAUUGCCAUAAUAUCACGUGUUUCAAUUGAGGUAACCGACUACUGCUAUGAUAUGAGUAAUUGUCUUUGAAAGGUCUACAACCAUAAAGAUAUCUCGUUUGUAUCGAUUUAUGAAUUGUAAGGUAGACCAUAAGAAUUAUUGUCAACAUAAUUGCUAAUUGCUGUAGGGGGACCCAUAAUACUUAGGGGUCACCUUAUGUUAUGUGAUAUUUUUUAAAUAUAUUUGCUUCCUCAAUAGUUUUAUAUGUAUCUGGUUAAAAGAUUGAGUAUAAUAUAAUAUUGAUUAUGGCCAUAUAUGUCUGUCUAUCAUGACAAAACAUAAUAAGGUAGAAUAUACAUUGUUCUAACAAACAUAGUAUUAGGAUAUUUUGUAAAAAGUGUGGGCCUAAUGUACAAAAUGGGGCGUUCCACGCCAAGCAGACGGGAAAAAAUAGUCGAUGUCUCCGAUUUUGAUAAUAUUUGGAUAUGUUAUACCUACACGUGUUAUUAAUAUGUGUGCUAAAUAUUUUUGUAAUAUAAUUGCUAGAUUAAGAAUGAUGGGACUUUGAAACAUGACUUUUCUAUUCGGCACUCAAUGCUUCAAAGCCGACUUUAUAUUUUAAACAAUUAUAUAUUUGAAUAAUUAAACCACUGAACUUGUUACUCCAUUUAAUGAGCUUUUUAACUGCAUUUUUG